CAACUAUCUUUGUGAAUCGUUCACUCGUUCUUGAACGAAUCUGUAAAAGGAUUCGUUUGCAGUAUCACUAUCGGCAGUGGUUACUGGUUACCUUUGCAGACCCGCCAAUUUUCUCAGUAAACAUAUUUUUCUUUGUUUUGAUUAAAUGCCUUUAUCAGUAAAUUCGUGUAAUGAAAUUCAAAGGAACGAUAAACAGUUUAUCACCCUUAAAAAAGACAAAAUCGUCAAAUAAAGAUGUCCAGAGUAAAAAGACACCGACAAAGUCAACUGUACAGUCGCAACAUAUCACACACUAUUUCAGUACGCAAAGCAACAACCUGCCAUUGUCGAGGAAAAACAGCAUAAAAAAAGUAACAAAUCUCGAUGAAAAAUUUGAUGAUAAUGAAACUAACAGUACAAUCCAGCAUAAAAACCCAGCUAAAACCAAAGGCACAUCCAAAAGUGAUGAUGAUAGAGGUGUCGCAGAGUUGACAGCACAAGAAAAGAACGUAAAAAGAAAAUUGUCAUUGGCUUUCGAAGAAGAUGAGUCUCCGCUCAAAAAGUCGCCGAGGGUGGAAAAGCCAACCGGCACUAAAGACGGAGAGAAGAAGCCUGACAGAGUCUUGAAAGAUGAACACUUUGCUCAAGAAACAGUUACAUUAAUAUAUAACAACAUGAAUGCUUUGAAUGAAAUUUUUCAGAAAGGAAAAACAAUUUUAGAUGAUGAAAAAAGGAAAGAAUAUUUUAUGGCAAAUAUAAAUGAUGUAGUGUAUGGAUACUACAAUGGUAUGAUUUUAUAUGAUUUGCAAGAUAAAUGUUCAAAAAAAGAAAUGGUUGUCGCAGGAAAGGAACUUCACGCCAAUUCCAAAAUAAUUCAGGUUGAAGACAAGUGCAACCCCGCCUCAGAUCAACAGCCUUUAACCGACUUAAAUAACUCUCUUAACUGUGAUACCAGCUUGGAAAAAAUUAAAAGUGAAAAUGGUAUUUUUCUAAAUGCCACAAUGCAAGAAAGUUUGGAAAAAGUCAAUUCUGUUGACAAUUCUGGGAAAAAUGAAAUCACUGGAAAUGGUGACAACGAACAGACUAUACCAAUUGAAUAUGACACUCCUCCUUCUUCAGGUGCAAAAAGUGAUUUAGAAAAGAAAAAUAUUAAAGAAGAAAUCAAUGUUAAUCAAUUAGAUGAUGAAAUAAACAAAAUUACACAUGAUACCGGCAUUAAUACAUCAGGCGUUACGACUAAUGCUUUAAUUUAUUCCAUUAAUAGAGCAAAGAUAUAUGCACCAUGCAUUUUCACUAAUGAAACAAACGAAAUUUGCCGAGCUUAUGAAAAACUGAAUCAUGACGCACAAUUGUUAUAUCAGAAUCUAUUGGAUAGAAAAUGGUCCUGGAUAAGGAGAACGUCUAUCACAUAUCCUAAAACAAAUUCAAUUUCUACUGCUUUAGAAACUUUGCAAAGUGCUGGUUUUAUUCAGAUAUUAAAUAGAGACUGUGAAUUAAAUGAGAUGCUGUGUGUUAUGAAUGUCAAUGAAUUGAAAAAACUAUGCGAUCAUCUGAAAAUCGAUAAAAACAGUACAAAACCAGUUUUAAUCAAGAAAAUCGAAUCUAUUGCAAAUAGAAGUGGGUUUCAGUUUUCUGCAACAUCUUUAAAAAAUAAACUGGCUAACAAAGCUUUUGAUAUUCUUGAAGACGAGCUAAUUAAAAUAACAGAACGCACAAGGGAUGUGUUCUUAAAGUUACUUGUUGUUUCGACAUGUCCAUAUUAUAAUUCUUCUAGUUUUACACCCCAAAUCAGUAGACUAGGUGACCUGAAAUAUCUAUUGCAAAAUGUUUCAAAUAAAAGUAUAAUCUUAUUACCUUUAGAUUCAGCUCCUCGAAAAUUGUUCAAUUCAUCUUUGCAUUUUGAACAUUAUUUUAAAUCAGUCCAGCUUCUAGAUGAUCUGAAAGAAGCUCAGAACAAUAAAGAUUGGGCAAAAGCUGCCGACAUAUGUGAGGAAAUGUACGAGCAGAAAUUCUUGUUUAAUACAUGCGAUUUGCUUGACUAUGUACAUCUUCGAUUUACAGCCAGAAGAAAUUUGGUUUAUUGCCUCAGCUCUGGCAUCAAUGAGCUAAAAAGAGAAAAACGUUAUGAUAAAUGCCUUGAUUGUUUAGAACUUCUUUUGAAUCAACACCUCUAUGGUAAAGUUAACAGGGCAAAAUGGUAUGAACAGAAACUUUUAAUAAUGGAAAAAUACAUAAAAGCUGAUUCCGAUAGCAUUUAUGAAGUGUUGAAAUGUGGACUCUCGGAUUGUUCUUUAACACUUCUAGGAAAAAGGAUCCUAUCAAAAAGAGCAGAAUCUUUCUUAAAGAAAAACAAGAAACUAUGUGAUUUGAAAAAACAAGAACUCACGAACCUCAUGUCUUUCCCUGGACCAGUACAAAUGGUUUACAUUUAUGCCAAGCCUAUGCCAAAUGUAACCACUAGUAAAAAACAGAUCUUUGAAACAAAAGGUUGUGAUGGACAGACAUUUUUUGGAUCAGUCGAAGAAACUGUUUGUAAUUAUUAUUCCAAGGAUUAUCCUUAUAGUUUCCACGAUGAAGGAAAUUUGCUUAAAAAUAUGGCAUUAGCUCUAUUCUUCCCUGUUCUAUACGAUACUAAACUCGUUCCAGGAGUCUUUGUGUCUGAAUUUCAGAAGCAACCUCUCGAUUGGGGCGGUCAAGAGUUUUUCGACAAAAGAAAAGAGUUGUUUUAUGCUCAUCGGGACACAAUAAUGCAAAAAGGAUUGGACGGAGUUCAAAAAGAUUUAGAAACAAUUUAUUCCAUGAUUUAUAUGAAACCAAACAUUUUAUUCAACAUUAGCCAAAUAGACAUCUCUAACAUGAUGAAACUGUUGACUUGCAUGACAUUAGAAAAGGUUAUGAAAUUCGCUUUGUAUCUUCUGGAAUACUACAAUGAAAGAAAAUCUGGCUUUCCAGAUUUAACUAUGUUUAAUAAUGAAAAGUGCGCUUUUGUGGAAGUAAAAGGACCAAGUGAUACACCUUCGAUAAACCAACUUUUAUGGAUGGAAAAGCUCAAAGAGUUCGAUUUACCUGUAUGGAUCUGUAAUGUCUCGUGUAAAGUUGGUUGUGAAAGCUAUAUUACUUUGGAUGGAAAAAAUACCCCAGGAAAUUAAUUUUUAUUUUAUCUUUUUAGUCAUUAUAAUCAUAUUUUUUAUUGUUAUGCUCUUAUAUUUCCAU